ACGUAAACAAUCGAGGUUGCUUCCGAGGCUUCUUAAUUUGUGGCCUACAGAACAAACCUUCCUUGAUCCUGCGACAUUCUUCGAGGUCUUUCGACACGAGGUUCGCGCUGGGGAUAGGCACGUGACCGCUGACGUCGUAGACGAAGUGAAGCAGCUCGCACACUGCGCUUCAGCGUCGGACGUCCGAAGGGCCGGGAUCCGGUUUCGCUCCCCCCCUCCCCAAAAAAAAACUCGCCGAUCUGCUUCGCCCGCGCCCUUAAAGAAAUCUUUCAAUACGCCACAAUGAUGGCCAGCAACUGGGACCCGCUGGAAUACCAGCACGAGGUGCCGACCCCGCAGUGCUUGGUCAGGGUCAAGAAGGACAUCGCCGAGUUCAACGCGCAGCCGCCGGCGAGGCUCUUCAUAUCGCCCGACGAAGACGACAUCACCAAGGUCCACGUCCUCAUGCUGGGAGCGCCGGGCUCACCGUACGAAGGCGGAUUCUUCCAGUUCUUGCUCAAGUUCCCUCAAGAUUACCCGCUGCGCCCACCCCGCGUACGCUUCCUGAACACGGACGGCGGGAGACUGCGAUUUCACAUACACCUCUACACGAACGGCAAGGUAUGCGUGUCCACCCUGGGCACGGGAGGCGGCCCGUGCAACUGGAGCCCAGCCCAGUCGCUCUCGAGCACGCUCGUCUCGAUCCAGUCUCUGCUGAGCGACAACCCGUACUACGACGUGUACCCUCAGGAAAAGGCGCCGGGUGACUCGGAGUGCUACAACAUCUACAUCCAGCACGAGACGAUCCGGGUGGCCGUGUGCGAACAAGUGGACGCGGCCCUCAGGGAGGAUGCCCAGUGCCCGCCUGCCUUGAGGAAGGUCAUCCUCGAGUCGUUCCUCGAGUCGUACAACAAGUACGAGGAGACAGUGAACGCGCGACUCCAUCAGACCGGCACGACGCUGAGGGACACGCUGAUGAACGUGACCAAGACAGCGCAGUACGAGACGCUGCUGACACGAUUGCAGAGCCUCAAGGACGAAAUCCAGAAGAAGAAAGAGGCAGAAGCUGCUGCUGCAGCGGCUGCGGAGGCGGCAGCGGCUGCGGAGGCGGCAGCGGUUGUGGCUACUGAUGCGAACGAAAACCUGUAA